AGCAGGGUGUUGGUGUUUGGUUUGGACGUGUAUUGUGAUGACAGGUUGUUGUCACCUGUUUUGGUGAGGCGUGGCCACUCAGCCUGGCAGUCACGCCUCACCACGCCAGGACAGACACACCUGUUGGUCACCAGGCAGGGUGAGAGGGCGCCAUGCUUGCUGCAAUCAAGGAGGCGCUGGGCACGGCAGUGUUGGAGGGCACAGGGCGCGGCGGCGGCGGCUGCAUCAAUGAGGGGGAGGUGUUCACCACCGACACAGGGAAGGUGUUCCUGAAAAAAAACUCUAAACCAAAGGCACGGGAGAUGUUUGACGGGGAGUAUGAAGGCUUGAAGGCUAUUCAAGCUACUGGCACGGUGCGGGUUCCCACGCCUCACCUGGCCCUGGACAACCCAGCCGGUGGUGCGGUGUUGGUGAUGGAGUACCUGGACAUGCACGGCCUGCACCGCAAGGCAGGCCAGCUGGGUACUCAGCUAGCCAGGCUGCACCUCCACAACAGUGCGGCACGAGACACAGCAGCUGCCAGCAGGGUGGGCGCAGGCACCACUACCUGUGUGGAACAGUUUGGCUUCCACAUCAACACCUGCUGUGGCUACAUCAGCCAGGACAACACCUGGGCCGAUGACUGGCUGGUGUUUUACUCAAGAAAGCUGGACUUUCAACUAAACCUGAUUCAGAAAGAGUACGGUGAUCGAGAAGCGCGGGAAUUGUGGUCCCACCUGCAGCUGAAGAUACCACAGUACUUCUCAGGCCUCACUGUGUUCCCCUCCCUCCUCCACGGCGACCUGUGGAGUGGCAAUGCGGCGGAGGUGGCUGAUGGUCCUGUGAUCUUUGACCCGGCUUGCUUCUAUGGCCACCACGAGUAUGACCUGGCCAUCACUGCCAUGUUUGGAGGGUUCUCACGCCAGUUCUGGGACGAGUACCACGCCAUCAUUCCCAAGGCGGCCGGCUGGAACAACAGACACAAGCUGUACAAACUGUUCCACAACCUCAACCACUGGAAUCAUUUUGGCAGUGGGUAUCGUAGCGGCAGCCUUGGACUCAUGCGAGACCUGUGCUCUUAGAGUAGGGUGGGGGGUUCUCAACCUAGGGUUUGCAAGCCACCAGAGGUUCACAAGAAGAUUUCCAUGGAUACUCACUGGCUGAUCUAAUAAUAUCCUUUGCAAUACCACUGCAUAUUGAGUUAGUGUUAGUCACUAAAUUAACAUUCCAUGGCUACUUAGCUGGCUGAUGUAAUAAUAUCCUUUGCAGUACCAUUU